AUGGGGACUGCAGCUUCUGUCUCAGAUAUAAACAUCGAAGAAACAAUAGAAGAAGAAAUUGUACCCGAUGAUAGAAUCGUUUACGAUAUAGAACGAGAAAAUCAAACUAAUGAUACACCGGAACAAUCCCCUAGUUGGUGUCCUAGUGACAAUUUUUUCGACACUAACAGUGACCACCAAGAAGAAUAUUAUUCCGAUGAUUCUAAAGAACCUUCUCAAUCUGGUUUAGUAUCAGAACGCUUGGAGGUUGUCCUGAAACCGAAAAAAAUAAAUUGUCAUGUAUGCAAUAUAUGUGGCAAAAAUUUUCCCUCCCAAUCGCGUUUAGCGAAACAUUCAAAAUUUCAUACGGAUUCCAAUAUUGUGCUGGAUCACAUGAAUUUUCUCGUUUGCAAGACUUGUAGGACGAUGUUCCUCAGAGAGGAAGAUUUAAAUGAUCACAAUAGACAAUCCUGCGAUCGUUUCGAUUUAGCUGAUGAUGUUCAUGAUCGUUGUCGAGAUGAGGAGCAAUAUCUACAAAGUUUUGCGGGGGGAAUUUGUGGACUUUGUGGUGCAAAGUUUGACGAAACGAUACACCUGAAGCAACACAUCAUUACUCAUUUGGACAAGUUUCCAUGCCCUGUGGAAGGUUGUGGGUGUGAGUAUGCAUCGCUGGCCAGAUUAAGCAUUCACAUCAGUAAUCAGCAUGUGGAUUAUCUUUCACCAAAAUGUCCGCAUUGCCAGGAGGAAAUAGAUCGCGUUGAUUUGAGGCAACACAUGCGACUGUAUUGCAAGGCGAAGCAAUUCAAAUGCACCCACUGUGAUAAAAUGUUCCUAUCGUCGCAAGCUUUAUCGCAGCAUCUUAGAAAUUUAGAGCAAACAUUUCAGUGCUCGCAAUGCGACAAAUUUCUAGCAUCGCAUUCAUCUUUACGGUUACACGAACGAACUCAUACAGGAGAGCGGCCAUAUGUGUGCACGGUUUGCCAAAAAUCAUACAAGACGGCUAGCUUGAGAACAGCUCAUAUGGACACGCAUAUCGAAGGCAAAACAUUCAAAUGCAGCAUGUGUGGUAAAAGCCUGCAAACUCGUGCCUCUUAUCGCAACCAUGUCAAGCGCCAUUUGGAAGAGCGUAAUCACGCAUGCGUAGUCUGUGGCAAGAAGUUCUUUCAAAAGUGCACCCUCCGAGUACACCUUAAAACGGUUCAUAGGAUAACACAUGUUCCCAACUCUUAA